AUGUGCCGCUGGCUCGUUUAUUGUGGGAGUGACCCGAUCCUGAUGUCCGACCUCAUCUUUGCGCCGACCAACUCGCUCAUUCACCAGUCGUUCAACGGAGGGUUCCACCCUGGCCUCUCCGACCAGAACAACAUGCAGGACGGCGCUCCCCGCGAGACACUCCUACGCAACUCGCAUCUCAUCGUUGGCGUCGGUUGUCCCCGCGAGCGCUUCUGCGCAGCCCUCACCUCACCGAAUAUUGCCGGCGACAUGGCUCGGGUCGGGGCCGCCGCGUCGGCGCACGCGAUCGGCGAGUGUGAGGACGCGACCGAAGAGUGCAACGAGUGCACGACCGGCUGCAACGCAUCCUCGCUCAACUCGGCGACGGGCGAGGGCGUCGCCCGGUACGCCGGCUUCUCACGGGCCCGGACAUCGGGGGCAGCUCCGGCGGAAAGCAUGGCAGAGACGCGGUGCUCUGACGCAGUCGUCUGCCGCGAUGAGAUCUCGUGGUCGAGCGCGUCGCCGCGCACCAACUUCACGCAGCUCCUGCCUCAGACUAGCCACGGCGACAACGUGCGCCGCAAAUCCAUCCUCGACAAGAUCACCAGUCUCAUGGCGCUCGUGCAGGGCUCGCUCCGCUGCGCGCUCGCCUCGGGCACAUCCGACGCGGUCACCCCCAUGCUGCUCCUUGUGCUCGCCCUGCUGCUCCUUCUCUGGCCGCCCACCCUCCGUCCCGUGAAUUUCGCCCCACGUCCGCUCUCGGUCCCCAUGACCGUUAGCGCGUUCCUGACGCUGCUCAUGCCCGGCGCGGCUGCAAUUGCCGCCGACCAGUGGAGCAGCCCAUCGAUCCCGCCGUCGCCAGCUGUUGACUGGUUGGUACAGAUGUCCGUUGGAGACAUGUUCGCGGCGACAGCACUGGCCACCAUCAUCGUCGUUGCAGCCGCGACGCUCUGCGCUCCACGAAGUGAGCGGCUCGGGUAUAUUCGAGGCCUGCGCAAGCUGGGGAGCGACGCACUUAUUCUCAUGGCCCUGGUUCUCCCUGUCCACUUGGUGGCCUUCGGCUGUUGGGAGCGCUCUGGCAUCAGCUCACAUUAUGUCAUCAUUGCGAUAUUCUUGCCCUUCGAGUGCGCUGUCUUCUUGUACGUUGCGGUCCGGUUGAUCCUGUUCCCCGUCAGCGUGUCAACCGCGCUGGGCGCCCUCCGCCGGGACCCCGGUGCGACGCUGCAAAUGGGCGCAGAGGCCAUGCACAUCAAGUGCCACACGUGGAGCGUGCGCAGGUACCUGAUCUUUGGCCCGCGUGUCUGCUUCCUCACGUCGCACGCCGCUACCCAUCAGGUGCUCACCAAGGCGAGGAACUUCCGCCGAAGCGAGGCCGCGAGGGACGCGAUCACGUCGCCGCACACGAUCCUCGGCAGCGGCGGCCUCAGCGACGUGUGGAGUCGCAUCCGCCCGCUGUGCACACCCUUCUUCGAAGAGUAUCAGUUCGUGAGCAAGACCGCGGCUGUCACGCGGCACGUGUACGAGGCCAUCUUUGAGCAGAUGCAGGAGCAGAAGCGCACGGGGAGACCCGUCGAUUGGUUCCACCUGUGCAACCGCCUCGUGGUGGAGACCCAUCUGCUCGUCCUCCUCGACGUCCACGUGCCCACGGGAGGCGCCAAGAUCGGCCUCGGCCACGAGCACGCACCACGACCUAAGGACAUCCCGCCAGGAGGCGGCGGCGAAGACGAAGAAGAGAAGCCGCGGCUCGCCUCGGACAUUCUCGACGACGCACUCCAUCAGAUUGUCGGUAGUGGCCAGGAGCCUUCGUACGCGAGCACGGCAUGCGCGCCCUUCCUGAACUUUCUGACCGAGCGGCUGCAGCUGCCGCAGAGCCAGCUGGGCGGCAUCGAGGCCAUCCUGGCGAGGGCACACGCGGCCGGCAAAAUCUCCGCCAUCGAGCGGCUGCACAACACACUGAUGUUCAUGAUCGCACUGGCGCCGUCGGCGGGCGUGUUCUGGACCACGCUGCACCUCUACCGUGACCCUGGGCUCCUCGAACGCACGCGCGACGUCAAGAUGAACGAACGGAUGCUCGAAUGCUGCAUCACCGAGACGCUGCGCAUGUACGCGCCGGUGCCCGUGAUGCUGGCGCGCGAAGUGGUGAAGCCGACCACGCUGCGCUUCGGCAAGGGCUUCGGUCGGUCGCACGUCGCGUUCGACGUCGGCGACACCGUCAUCAUCUCGCCGAUCCUGCUGCAGAACUCGCCGGAGCUGUGGGCCCACCCGACGACGUACGACCCGCUCCGCUUCAAGCGCAAGAAGGCGUCGGCGCACGUCGAUCACGCUACGUACAGCACGCUCAAGGCGGCCGCAAAGAUGCACACUGCACCGUCACGACGGUCGUCUAGCAGCGACGCGUCGUCGCGGGGGUCGUUGCGCAGCGACGCGUCCGAUUGCGGAUCUGCGAUCGAGGAGCAGUCAAUCGGGCAGGGGUUCGGGCCAGGGUCGACGGGGCGCAGAGAGGCGGAAGAUCACGAGUCUGCGAUCCAUGAGGGGCAGUUCGGGCGGGGGGGCAUGGGGCGCUGGACCUCGCACGCCAACAAUCUGCGUGCGGAGACCUCUCUCCGGCGAGAGGAAUCCUUCAUCUCGUCCGCGAUCAGGGAGAGCGACUCGCACUACUUCCCGUUUGGCUUCGGCAGCCACCGCUGCCUGGGCUCGAAUUACGCCACGUGGUUGCUGUACACCGUCAUCAACACGAUAAUCCGAGGCUUUGACGUGGAGCUGCAGGAUCCCGAGGGGCUGCUCGAGCACGCGCAGCCGCACCAGCGCAUCCGGCCGCACGUCUACAGCUUCCCCAUCUCUUCCGUGUACGCGACGAUCAAUGCCCGCCACCACCGCCUCGCGGAUGUGAUCAAGGCCGUGGUGGCCUCGAACCAGCUCUUGCGCACCGCCGCGAUCGUCGAGGGCGAGUGUGAGGACGAUAGUGCGGAUGAGGCGGACGAGCCAUCGAAUUACGACCACGUGAAAGCCGCCGAUGGCCGCGGCUGA